AUGUCGUCGACUUCCUUAUCCGUCGCGCAUUCCCUGUCGUCGUCGCAAUUAGCAGCAGCACCAGGAGACGGUCCAACGGCUCGAGAUUACUCUAACCGCACCGCAUCCUCAAUGUCCGCGUCGCCUCUCCGUCCUCGAACCCCGUUCCGCGGACCAAACACCCACUCGCAAAUCUCCCAGUCUUUCGACAUCCCCAACUCCCCGUCCUCCCCCGCCAUUCCCCCCCCUACCCCCGAUGACGCCGCUCGCCGCCUCGCCAUCCGCCUGCUCAUGGGGACGAAGCCUUCCGCCGAGUGCCUCUCGCCGUCGCGCACCCCUCGUGGGGGCGGGGGCGGAAGGAGCGAGAGUGGCGGCGAGCGGGCGCACAGUCGCAGCUUCUCGAUGAAGGAGCGGCGCGAAGGAGGAGACGACUGGUCGGCGCGGAUUGCAGCAGAGGUUGCGAGUGAGAGCCCGAGGGGAAGAAUCGGGGCGAGAUCUCCGGCGCCCGAGGGGAGCUGGCGGCUGAUGAGCGCGCGCGGAGGGGUGCGGGGAAAUAGCAAUCGCGUGGAGCUCAAGUCGCAGGCUCUAGCGGAGGCCGAGGCGCGUCUUAAAGACAUGCAGCAGUCGCUGCGCGGAAUGGAAACCGCGGCUCGCGACGUGGAGGCUAAGCUGCGCGACGCGCGGUCGGAGGUGCACGCGCUGCGGGAGGCGCAGGCGGAGCGUGACGCGGCCUGCGCGGAGCGCGACGCGAUGGCGGCGGAGAUGGAGGCGGCGCUGAGCUCGUGGUCGCGCGCUCUGGAGGAGGCGAAGGACGCGCGCGACGAGGCGCGAGAGGCGGCGGAGGCGGGCGCCGCGGCGCGGCAGAAGCUGGCGGAGGCGGAAGCGGAGAAUAAGCGCCUGUGGCAGGUGAUGGACCUGCUGAUGUCGCAGCAGAAGGCGCGCGGAGGGGGCGGCGGAGCGGGAGUGGGGGGCGGAGGAGGCGGAGCAGGAGGCGGAAAAGCGCUUCUUGAUGCACUAGCUAGGCAAGAGGGGGGGAACGGAAGCGGCAGCAGAGGGUAUGCGGCCGGAGGAGCAGGGGCGACGGGGGUGGGGGGUGCGAGUGGCGGAGGUAUGAGUGCUGCUGGGCUGCGGUCCGUGCUAGAGUCCCUGCGCGCUGCCUCUGGUACCGACUCCCACCGCUCCUCACCUGCUCGCUCCUCCUCUGCUGAUUGCUACUCUCGCCCCGCAACUGCUGCUGCUGCUGCUUCUGCCUUGGCUGCUGCGGGUUCGGCUGCUAGGGCUGUCGCUGCUGCUGGUUCUGCUGGUGGCGGUGGUGUAGGUGGUGGGCGUGCCAUGGGUGGUGGGGGGGGUUCUAUGGACGUGCAGCAGCAGCUGCAGGCGCUACUGCUGCAACGGCAGCAGCGGCAACAGAAACAGCAGCAGCAGCAGCAGCAGCAGCAGCAGCAGCAGCAGCAGCAGCAGCAGCAGCAGCAGCAGCAGAUGCAGAUGCAGCAGCUGCAGCAGCAGGAACAGGGGGAGGAGCAAUAUUAUAUAAUGAACAACCAGCAGCAGCAAGAUUGCCAGCAGCAGCAACAGCACCAGGAGUACCAGCAUCAGCACUGGCACGAAGAGAACACUUACACUGGCAGCAGCAGCAGCAGCAGCAGCAGGCCGAACAAGCCAAGCACUACACCUAGACUGUCCUCCCUCCCCACGCAUGCUUACCCGCCAGGAGCGGCAGCAGGGGACUCAGUGGUGAGAGGCAGGUAUGCGUCUGUGCGAGUGUCAGUAGCAGGACCAACGGCAGCGGCAGGAGGAGCAGGAGGAGCAGGAGCAGGAGGAGGAGAAGUAAGGGGCGCUUGUGGUGCGCCGGCAGUGGGACGUAGCAGCAGCGCUGGCAUGGCCGGCAGUGUUGCGGGUGGCAUGGCUGGUGGCUUUGGUGGCAGCAGAGUUGCUCGGCAGCAGGUGCAGCAGCGAGGGGCGGUGAGAUUGGGGUACGGGGAGAGCAGUGCAGCAGCAGCAGUGGUGCCAGAUGCCAUGCGUGUGGCUGGGCUUGAGAAGGGCAUGUUCUGUGCCUGCUAG